GAGGUGCGCGCUUAGGUUAUUGAGUCUCCGUGAUUUUUCGGGGGGAAGCUGUAUAUCUGAGAACGUACGGAUAUAUGACAUCGAAACAUACAGUAAGACAAUAGACAUCUGAUGGAUCAGGCGAAUUCUUCAGAAGACCAAAGUAGUGACCUGGACCCAGGAACAGGCGCUGCCGCCGUAUCUUCUGAAACACAGAUGACCACACAUGUGUCCGGGGGAGUGAUGGACGAUACUUGUAAUGGACAACCUGACGCUCAGGUUCCGGACGAAAUGGACCAGUCUCAUACUGUUGUUAGAACAAGUUGCAAUCAAGCAAGACUUACUGGAAAUGAAGUAGAUACCACAGCCCCUGAUACAUCACAAGGAAAUGAUGGCGCAAGCAGUGUACAACCAAACACCGGAAGUGUUCUGGUUAACGGGUCUAGUAUUUUGGAAAAUGAACCAGAAAAUGGAGAAAAUAUUUUCGACUCAGAGUUUGAUGUUAUUGAUAAUAUAGCACGUGAAGGAGGGCCCUUAGAAGAACGUGUGUCCUACAUUCCAAACGAUGCUUCCCGUCAGGUAGACGGUAUUGUUUAUGUUGGGUCAAUAAGGGAAACAGUUGCAAUGCGUAACCUCAGCAGUAUCGACCCUGCUGUGAAUUCAGCUGAAGAAACCAACCAACAAGAUCAAUCCUCCACUCAAAAUAUUUCAGAAAACAAGAUUGAUAGAACUGAAGAAGUAUCAGGGAUUGUCGAUAGUACGGAAAUGGUAACUCUGGGAGUAUGUGGUGUUAGAAGGACACCAGAGGAAGUAAAAUAUACAGCAGAGCCUUCAGCGGAUCUCUUCAGAAUUGAACCGACUCUAGAGGGACACGACACUACUGAACGGGCAUUAGAGGAACACGGCACAACUGAACUGGCAUCAGAGGAACUCGGCACUACUGAACGGACAUCAGAGGAACUCGGCACUACUGAACGGACAUCAAAGGAACUCGGCACUACUGAACGGACAACAGAAGAACUCGGCACUACUGAACGGACAACAGAGGAACUCGACACUACUGAACUGGCAUCAGAGGAACUCGACACUACUGAACAAAGAACAGGAGAUGUGAGCAAUACCCACGAGACAUCAGGCGAAGUAAGUAGUUCAGAAAAAACAUCGUCAGAAGUCGGAAGUUCCGAUAAGACGUCAACGGAAACUGAAUGUGAAGGAAUAGUUAACUUUCGAAAAGUAGUUCAAGAGUUCUUGGACGGUAUUAAGGAUCAUAUGCCCGUAGAAGAACCAGAUACAACGGAAUCGCUGGCUGCGUUUGUACGGGAAAAUAUUGUUUCGAAAAAUAUCAGGACCAUAAAAUAUGCCUUGAGGGAUUUAAGUAAACCUGAUCGUAAAGAGGUCGUAGAUUACGAAAUUGACGGGAAUUCGGCUUUGUUUAUAGCAUGUGAGAAGGGUACGGAGGAAAUGGUCACUUAUUUUGCAGUGGAAUGUGAUGCCGAUACUAACAAGAAAGGAAAAUACGAUUGCGGAGAAAAAGAGAUGGUAGUCGCGCCGUUGUGGCUUGCAACUAUAGAAGAAAAACCUGAAAUUGUGAAGAUUCUUGCUUGUAAUGGCGCUGAUGUAAACGCUGUAUGUUCAACUGGUUCUACAGCAGUUCACGCAGCAUGCUACAUGAAUAACACUGAGUUGGUGGAAGCAUUGUGCAAUAGCGGAAGUGACGUCAAUAUUCCGGAUACGUUUGGAAGCACUUGUCUAAAGGAUUCCGUUGAUAACAUUGAGAUAUGUAAAAUUUUAAUUGAUCAUGGCGCAGACGUCAACUACAGGAGGGAAAACCAAUAUUCCAUACUACAUCAUGCUAUCAAAGCACAUAGUUUGGAGACAGUGGAACUUCUUGUCCGUAACGGUGCCGGCAUCAUGAUCAAAGACUUCGAAGGGAAUGAUUGUCUGAGAUACGCGGUUCUUGUUUAUGCCCCUGAUAUUAUGGAGUUUUUAUUGGAUAGCAUAAAUGCGAACGCGCCGAAGUCAGCCGACGUCUACGAUUUAAUGGGAGCUAUGGCUGUCGGGAGGGGAGAGUAUAAAGAGGGAUAUGAAUAUUGGUUACGGUCCAUGUACAUCCGAACUGAGCUUCGUGGCGGUGCAACGUCUCUUCGGGAAGUUCCGGAAAUAUUCGGGAAGGAUGUAGAGGUACCUCAUUCUAUUUCUGACAUGGUUUCACUGGCUAAAAAUUGUGACGCAAUGGACGCUCUCGCCCUAGCUAUUACGUCACAUCAAUUAGGACCGACCCAUUGGGAUACAAUACAGAGAGUUCUCCUACAGUCAACAUCACUCUUGCACAACGACGAUCUCAUUCAAGCGUUUGAUAUGACACGAUACGUAUAUUCAUUGUUGUUGAAUAAGUAUAAAGUUCUACAUAAGAUGCAAGAGUUUGCCUUAUCUCAACUGUUUGAAAUCUGCUCCAAAUUUCAGAUACAGACUCUCCGCGGUACAUCAAUACCAAGGUUCAAAGAAAUAUUGGACAUAUUUCGGGAUAUGAUUGACUUUUUGGAAAAAGCACAUCUUCUAAAAGAUACAGACACGGAAUAUUUCAUACAGAAUUCCAGUAUAUUUGAUAAGGUCAUUGACCACGUGUUUGAUAUGAUAUACUUACUGAAGGUCAACAACAAGUCUUCAGAUGAAAAAUUCUACUUCAAAUCUCAGAUGGAACGAUUGAUACAGAUGAACCUCUGUGACCUCCAUGGAUCAUCUCUCUUACACAAGUCGCUAACCAGGAAGCCCAAAAUCGUAUACCAUUUCAUGGAAACGAAUCCACGAGAAGCACGUCACGAGGAUCUCUGCGUCACGCGAGAACUGAUUCACGCAGGCGCAAACGUCAAUGUUCAGGAUUUGAAAAGGGACACGCCACUACACAGUCAUCUGAAAUGGAUUGAACAGUACAAUUUCUUCUCGAAGAAGAUAAUUGAAUUGUUUCUUGAUUAUGGACUCCAUGUUGACCUGAUCGACAUCGAUAACAUCUCACUGUUAGUCAUGAUAAAGGCUCGAGGGCUCACCAUCUGUCCUGUCAAAUAUCACACUCUGCAAUGUUUAGCGGUCAAGGUCAUUCGUGAUCAUGGAAUCCACUUUCGGACGCUCUUACCAAUUCCUCUUCAACGUUUUGUCGAUAUGCAUAAAUAGAAAUACUUUCGAUCUAUAAAAAAGAGAACAAAGUUCAAAUGUAAAAUUAGAUCGCUUGUGGUUGUUUGGACGAUAAAUUACCCUGUCGAAAUACGAAUUGCAAAAAUAUAUAUAUAUAUAUAUGUGUGUGUGUGUGUAAUAUACUUUUAUCAACUAAUUACGAACAUAUGGACAAUAAUGCCGUUUAACAGUGCAGCGAAUAAUAUGUUUUACGUGUUUUAUUGUAAUCAAUAAACAGAUGUUUUCUGACAGUUCUCACUCUAAGUCAGACACCCAGGGAAGUAAAUGAACAUACACUGUUGUUUUCAAUCGGAUAUCAGACAAUGUUUCUCUCUUCAUAACAGUUACUGUAGAUAUACAUAAUUUAAGAGAUAAUGUUUUAGCGCUUUUUGCAUUAAAGACAUUGCGCUAAAAUAGGAUUGCUGUGAGAGCACUUGGUGUGUCAUUAAUGUAGAAAUAAUUGCUAAGAUUGCGCGAAAACAUUAUUUCUCUUUUCCAAAAAUGUUAUUGUGCCAAAGGAAGUUUGUUUACAGUGCAAGGAAUAUGAAAUAUUAAAGUAUGCAAGUUAA